AUGCCCACAGACGAGCACUACGACUUCAUCAUCGUAGGAAGCGGCCCCGCCGGCGCGACGCUCUCCUCGCACCUCGCGCGCACUCCCGCCGCGCCACGAAUCCUACUGCUCGAAGCUGGCGGCGCAAACCCGACGCCACACAUCCUUGCCGACCGGUACACGACGCUAGCGCGCGGCGACGGCAGCAACUGGAACUACACGACCACGCCACAAGCGCAGCUCAACCACCGCCGCAUCGACUACUCGCGCGGCCGCGGCCUCGGCGGCUCCUCCGCUAUUAACUUCGCCGUGUGGACGAAGGGCCCGCGCGACGACUACGACGAGUGGGCGCGGCGGGUCGGGGACGAUGCGUUUGGCUGGGCGAGCGUCAGGGAGCGGUUUAAGCGGCUGGAGAGCUAUGAUGGCAGCGCGUUGGCGGGGGCGGGGUAUGUGCGGCUGAAGGAGGGCGCGCAUGGCGUCGCGGGACGCGUGCCCGUGUCGUUUGCGCAAGGCAGGGAGUGGGGCUUUGAUGAGAGCUUGGUGGCGGCGGAGAGUAUAAGGCUGCAAAGGAACUUGGACCUAAAUUCUGGUGACCCGAUUGGGGUGGGCCCGGUGCCGGCGACGGCCAGGAACGGCGUCAGAGCUACGGCCAAGACGGCGUUUCUGGAUGAUGCGCCGUGGAAUCUGGUCGUGAAGAUGGAGGCGCUGGUCCAGCGCGUGCUGUUUGAUGCCGACAAGCGCGCUGUUGGCGUCGCGCUCGUGGGCGGGCAGACGUACUACGCAUCCAAAGAAAUCAUCCUCUCGGCCGGCGCCCUCGACACGCCCAAACUGCUGAUGCUGUCCGGCAUCGGCCCCUUAGAACAACUAACAGCCCACGUCAUCCCCCCCAUCGUCCCCCUCCCCAGCAUCGGGCGCCACCUCGCCGACCACCCCAUGCUGCAACUCUCGCUCCAGCUCCCCCCCAACACAACGCCGCGCCCCUCGCUCUUCAGCUGCGCGCCCGCCCUCGCCGCCGCGCGCGCCGCCUUCGCCGCCACCGCCUCCGGGCCCCUCACCUCCGUCUACAACAACCUGAUCCUCGGCUUCGGAAAGCUCGCCCACCUACACACGCACCCCGCGUUCCUGGCCCUAGACCCAGAAACAAAAACACACAUGUCCCGCCCCACGGUCCCGCACUUCGAGCUCGCGGCCCUCGGGCCGGUGCUGCACCCCUCUGCGCGCGCCGAGAACGACUACUUCCCGCUCUUCGUGUUUCUGAUGUCGCCAAAGAGCGAGGGCUGCGUAAGCCUGGGUAGUAGCGAUGCGAGAGACCCGCCGGUGUGUGACCCUCGGUUGUUUGAGCAGGAGGUCGAUCGCGUGGCGGUUGUUUUGGCGGUUAGGGCGGCGAUGCGCUUGUUACAGGCGCCGGUGUUGAGGGAGUUUGGGGUGGGCGUGUUGAGUGCGCCCGGGGGGUUUGAGGUGGGGGAGGGGGUUGCUGAUGAGAAUGUUUGGGAGUGGGUGAGGGAGAACGCGGGCACGAGCUGGCAUAUGUGUGGGACGGUGAGGAUGGGGAGGGCGGAGGAGGAGGUGGGUGGUGGGGAGGGUGGUGGAAUUGAUGGGGAGGGUGAUGCUAAUGGAACGGCCGUGGAUAACAAUUUCAAGGUAAGGGGCGUCAAGGGGCUUCGGGUCGUCGACUGCAGCGUUUUGCCAUUCGUGCUGAACUGCCAUUUGGUUAGCGUGGCGUACUUGGUGGGGGAGACGGCAGCGGAGAAGAUUGUGGUGGAGUAUGGCCUGGAUUUGGAGGGCACUUAG